CCACGGAAGGGCCUGCAAUAUGAACGUUCGAGAUUAAUACAUGCCUGUGUGUCAUCAGGACGCACAAAAUUCUUCAAAUUUCAGUAAUUCGAGUGUCCAAACGCGGCCUCUCCUUUCGGUUCUUCUCUUCUCCAGCUGUCGAUUCUCGUUCCAGACCUCCUCUGCAACACCAGAUCUCUCUCUCUCUCUCUCGUUUCUGUAUAAGGUCUCCAAUCUAUAUUCGUUUUUCUCUCCUUCUAUUUCGACGCAGAUUCCACCUUUUCCUUUUUUUUCAAUCUCCUCAUGAAACCGCUCGAAUUCCAAAUCGUAGACCCCUUCGAUUCAUAAUUCGCAGAGAUCUCGACCCAGAUCUAGGGUUUUAUAUCUCAGAAUCGUGAUUUCUCUCAUUUCUAUACGAAUUGCAUUUCUAGGGUUUUAGAUCUGGUGGCUUCUUGCGUUUUUAUCUUGUUCGAAGGUGGAUUUCCUGAGAUUUUAGGGAUUUCUUAGCGAAAUUUUGAAAUGCCUGUGAAACCUGGGCAGUCGUCGUAUCGUGACCGUACACAAGAGUUCCUCACGGUAGCAGAGAGGCUGAAGAAGUCGUUCUCGUCGUCGGGGACGCCAAAUGUGCCGAGCAGCAGCAGCUCGAAACCGGAUGGACCGCCACGAUCUGCGGUGUCAAUCCAGUCGGAGUUUAACAAGAGAGCUUCAAAGAUUGGGUAUGGGAUCCAUCAGACGUCGCAAAAGCUUGCAAAGCUCGCGAAAUUGGCAAAGAGGACAUCAGUUUUUGAUGAUCCAACUGUGGAGAUACAAGAGCUGACAGCUGUCAUCAAGCAGGACAUUACUGCUUUGAACUCGGCGGUGGUGGACUUGCAACUCCUCUGCAAUUCACAGAAUGAAAGCAGGAAUAUCUCCAGUGAUACUACCAGUCAUUCGACAACUGUUGUGGAUAAUCUGAAGAAUCGUUUGAUGAGUGCCACAAAAGAAUUUAAAGAAGUGCUAACAAUGCGAACAGAGAACUUGAAGGUUCAUGAGAAUAGAAGGCAGUUGUUUUCUUCAACUGCUUCAAAGGAUGCAACAAAUCCUUUCAUUCGGCAGCGUCCUCUUGUCACGAGAUCUGCUUCUAGUACUUCAACUGCCCCCCCUCCCCCGUGGGCUAAUGGCUCAACAUCUUCAUCUCAACUGUUUGCAAGGAAGCAUAAUGGCGAUCCCCCCUCAGAGGCACAGCCAUUGAUACAGCAACAGAAGCAACAACAACAGCAACAGCAAAUGGUGCCAGUACAAGACACUUACAUGCAGAGCAGAGCUGAAGCUCUUCAAAAUGUCGAAUCGACCAUUCACGAACUAAGCAACAUCUUUACCCAGCUGGCCACUAUGGUUUCCCAGCAAGGAGAGGUCGCCAUCAGGAUCGAUGAGAACAUGGAGGACACAUUGGCAAAUGUGGAGGGAGCGCAAGGGGCACUGCUGAAGUACCUCAAUGGGAUAUCCUCCAACCGGUGGCUGAUGAUCAAGAUAUUCUUUGUAUUGGUAGUAUUCCUAAUGAUCUUCCUAUUUUUUGUUGCAUAAAGAUGGGCUGCAAAGGUAACGAUGUCAGAAUGUCUUCUAUUUUUUCAUGUAAGUUUGCAUUUAUAUAGUCUGUUUUUUCUGGUUC